GAUCCAUGGUUUUGCGCAUGUCUAAUCGACGUUUUCUGGGAUGGGUUUGUCGGUAGAAACAAGAUGGCGGCUCUGGCAAGAGCGCCAACAUAUUUACUCUAAUAUAUGUCUAAAUUAACCCUAAUCGAGCGUUUUGUUCGCCGUCUGCACGUCUUUCAUGCAUCAUGAAGACGAUAGUAAUGCUUUAUAGUAGGGAUUGACAAAGCUAGGACCGUUACUAAAGUCAGCGAGAUGUGCGAGAGUUAUGCCCGCUCGCUGCUGCGUGUGUCGGUGGCGCAGAUCUGCCAAGCGCUGGGCUGGGAUGCAGUGCAGCUCACUGCCUGCGACUUGCUUUCCGAUGUUCUGCACAGAUAUAUCCAGCAGUUAGCAAGGGGUUGCCAUCGAUACUCGGAACUCUAUGGGCGAACUGACCCCGUACUGGACGACGUGGGCCAGGCCUUCAGGCUCCUGGGGGUGAGUCUGUCAGAACUGGAGGACUAUGUCCACAACCUGGAGCCAGUUGGGUUUGCCCAGCAGACACCCCUUUUUCCUGUUAGCAAGAACAAUGUGCUGCAGUUCCCUCAAUCUGGAGCGGGGGUCCGGGGGGACACAGAGGAGAGGAAGGACUACAUUCCAGAUUACAUGCCUCCCUUGGUCUCACUGCAAGAAGAAGAGGAGGAGGAAGAGGCCAUGGGCGACAUGGGCACAUCUGCAGAGGCCAUGCAGGUCCCGCUGGAUGAUACUGAUGAGGACGCGGAGGACGACGAGACUGUGAAUGACGAGAACCACCCCGUGAAGAGGCACCUGGACAGCCCCGAGGCCUCCAUGGGCAUGAUGCCCACCUCCAAGAGGCCCCGCGUGCACCCCGGCUUCAGCCCCGACUGGAGCAUGGAGCCCAGGGAACCCCUCACCUCGCUCAACCCGCAGCGUGUUCCUCCGGGCAUGCUGGCCGGCCACUCCCACGACAGCCUGGGUUCUGUGUCUCUGUCGCCUGAGACCCCUGGGCCCCCCAUGUCCUUCAGGCCCCAGCCGGUUACGCCGGGGAGACACUCUGACCACAAGUCUCACAGUGGUCAAGCCCGCAAAGGCCUCAAGGGUUCGUCCCCCGGCAGGCCACGGACUAAGUCCCCCAAGGGGGUAAACGCUGUCGGGGCGAUGUCUGGCAGCCCCAUUCGCUCACCUAAGUCUUCCAAGGAGAGGAAAAAGUCCCCGAGCCGGACCAAGAGCCCUAAAAGUCCCAAGAGUCCCAAGAUGAGCUCUGGAGCCAAGGUGGGUUCUCGGCCUGGGGACCUGCAGAGACUGCCCCUGUUGGCCCUCAGCGAGAGAAUGGGGAAGGAGAACAUCCACGCGCGGCAAAGCCUGGAGGACCGUGAGCUGACGGGCUUUGUCCCCGGUAAACUCGGGGAAACUGGUGCGGACAACGCCGCCAUUGACGAUUCUAUUGACGCCGUGAUCGCCAGGGCGUGUGCAGAGCGAGAGCCCGACCCGUUUGCCUUCUCGUCCGGCUCAGAGUCGGAGAGUGAUGGCUUCUCCUCACCGCGGAGGCUCACCAUAAUGGAGCCAGGAGGAAUGCCCAAGCUGUCACUGAGCGCCAACAACCUGGGGAAGGACACGUCAACACCGCUGCACCUUAACGCCGCCGGCGGCCCGGGGAACUGGACCAUGGACGACUCCAUCAACGAGGUCAUACGCAAGGUGAACCAGGGGGGUCCGGCGGAGGGACACCCGCCGGUUGAGUCGUACCUCUCCUCACCGUCCGCCUCGCCCCCCACGCCGGAGCCCAUCCUCAAGAUGUACGAGGAGAAGAACAAACUGGUCUCCUCGGCUGACGUUAAGAAGAAACUCAAGAAGGAGCUGAAAACGAAGUUGAAGAAGAAGGAGAAAGGAGAGAAGCCGAAAGAUAAAGAAAAAGACCGGGACAAGGGGAAGACGAAAGAGAAGAACAAGGAGAAGAACAGGGACAAGACCAAAGACUCUGUCUCCAAGGAGGCCAAGAUGCCGUGGAAAGACUUCGGAAGCAAGGACGAUGACCUCAGGGAGCACUUCCGUGGUGGUCAGAGGCCAGAGUUUGGUGGACUGGAGGGCUCCGUGAUCAAGAUCAAGUCCCGGGAGGGAGGCGACGGUGGCAGUGGCAAAAAGGACAAAGACAAACACAAAGACAAGAAGAAGGACAAGGAGAAGAGCAAGAAGGACAAGGACAAGAGGGACAAGGGUAAGGACCGGGACAAGCAGAAAAUCUCCUCCCUCACCCCGUUCGGUUUGGGUGACUUUCCUGCGCUGUUCAGCCCCUCAACGUGCCUCCGUAUCCCCUCAAUGCUGCCGCCUCUCCCCCCUAUCCUCCCGGACAAGGAUGUGAAGAGCAAGGAAAAGGACAAGAAGAAAGACAAAAAGGAGAAGAAGAAGAAGAAAGAUAAAGACAAGGAGAGGGAAAAGGAGAAGGAAAAAGUCAAGGAGAAGGAGCGGGAGAAAGAGGAGAAGAGGAAAGAGAAGGAGAGAGAGAAGGAGAAGCGGGAGAAGGAGAGGGAGAAGGAGAGAGAGAGGAUCCGACUGGAAAAGGUGAGGGUGGAGGCCCCGCCCGUUCUCCCGUCUCCUGUCAUCCCCAGGCUGACCCUGAGAGUGGGGGCUGGACAGGACAAAAUAGUUAUAAGCAAGGUGGUUCCGAACUCCGAGACGCCGCCACCCCCAUCACCCAAGAUGCCCGCUCCUAAGGCCCUGGCCCCCAAAUCUGGACCCGGCAGCCGCCUGCAGCUCCCGCCGCCUCCGCCGAUCCUCCCCCCGGUCGUACCCUCGCUGGCGCCUCCUGCACCUCACCUCCCUCCCGCCGGCCCUCCACCAGCCUCCCCGUCCGGCAAGAAAACGGUGUGCAGCGUGAUCACUGAAACUGUCAGUACAUACGUGAUUCGUGACGAGUGGGGGAACCAGAUCUGGAUCUGCCCUGGCUGUAACAAGCCAGACGAUGGCAGUCCCAUGAUCGGCUGUGACGACUGUGAUGACUGGUACCACUGGCCUUGUGUAGGGAUGCUGUCCGCCCCCCCGGAGGACCAGCAGUGGUUCUGCGUGAAGUGUGCCGGCAAGAAGAAGGACAAAAAACACAAGAAGCGGAAACACAAAGUGCACUGAAGGAGACUAUGCAAAACAAAGCACCCUUUGGAUUUUGAUUCGCCAGACAGAUUGCUUAUCCAAGCCAUCCCCGUAAAAAAAACAACAAAAAAAACACCCCAGGCACUGUUGUAAGGAAAAGAAAACAUGGCAGAUAAGACGUUUACACCUCCUGAUUAUUUUACCCGGAUGACUUGUGGAGCCUAUUACAUGAUAGAGACUGUAAGAGAAUGGAAGGAAGGACAGACUCUUCAACCAGCACAUAUCCAGGUUCAGUUCUCAUGCGGACUCUUUGGUUACUGCGCCUCCUUCACCUCCCUCCUGUGAAGGGCGUGUUCGGCGUGUGCUUUUCGCUGUGUGACGAUUCUGUGACCUUUUCCCAAAGUGUACACUAGCACCCUCCACCUGGUGGAUUUAAAACCUUUAGAUUAAUGUAAGCAACUGGCUGGUGGGGGUUACCAGUGCACAAGGGCAGACUUCAGGAAAUCAAGUUCCCACUAUUGUCCAAUCAGUGAUUGGAAAGGUACGGUUCAUGUGCACACAUGCGGAGAGCGACAUCCAUUGCAGGGAGUGCACACUCUGGGGAGAAGGUAAGGAAUUGGAACGCAGCCUUUCGUGAUGUGAGAGCCCAGCGUUCGCGAAUGAAGACACCGUCGCUCGGCACAGAGAUCACGCCUUCUCAUCAUCAUGUCAAGUUCAGCGUUGUUUACGGUCAUCCAUCGUCAUAUUGUUUCGCUCCUGUUUCGUUAGUAUCGCCAUAGCCUGGUCUAUUUGUGCUGUCUUACAUGCGUCUCUAGGCCAUUGGCUUGAGUUAGAGAUGGCAAGAUCACGCCACUAGAAUCUGGGAAUCGGGCUACUAUUGCCACACAAAGGAAGGUCAACAACACCAAAUGACACUUCAGAUUCUGCCUGUUCAAUCCCCCCGCCCGCCCUGGUUUUCUGCAGUUAAAUAUGUCAUGUAUAUGAAGGUGACUGCGCGUGUGUGUAUCAUAUGUGUAAAUACGAUCUUUCAACCAAGCCAAAUUAAUUUUGUUCUUAGGAGUCUUCUUCUGACUUGUUAAAUCCAUUUCCAGAUUAUUGGUUUUUAACUUGAAUGAUUUUCUGUAAUUUCUGUAUAUUUUUAAAAAUGAAAGUUUGUAUUUUUAUUUCCUUCAUAUGGAUUGUUCCCCCUGAUCAGAGUUAUACUGUACCUGUGCUUGUUGUAAACGUAUCUUAUUUUGCUAAUAUUUUCAAAUAUUAAAGCCUAACAUACUGUGGUAUGUUCUAAAACUACACGUAAAUCUCAUUGCCAUCCAAACGUGGGAAAUGUAGUCACUCAUCUUGUAGUCCCUCAACCCAAAUGGUCUAUAUGCAUCUGUACUUGUAAUGAUUCAGGUUGAUAUCAUUUGAGCGCUUAUGCACUUCCCUCUUCGUCCAUAUUUUUUUUUUUACAUUGAUUAUUCUGUAUGCAAUUUUCACAAUUUCCUUAAGAUACUUUUUCCUUAGUUUUGUUUUGGAUGCAUUUCAUUACUGAAAAAUACAAUGGAAAAUAUUUUAA